UUUUAGACCAGAAGUCUGCAUCAGAUACUUCCGGGUUAAAGGAGCAGUAUCAUUCCAAGAUUCAAAAUGGCAGCGCCCAUGGAGUUAUAUUGUUGGAAAGGAGAUUGGGGUCUUCCCACAGUGGAUGUUGAGUGUCUUACAGUUUUGACUUAUGCCAAAUUUGCGGGAGCUCCUUUAAAAGUGCGCAAGAUUACCAACCCCUGGAGAAGUCCUUCAGGCAGCUUACCUGCACUGAAGUCUGUUGAUGAAGGUGUGCUGUGUCAGCCUCAUAAAAUCAUUACUCACCUCCGAAAACAGAAGUACAAUGCUGACUAUGAUCUGUCAGCCAAGCAAGGAGCUGAUACCAUGGCCUUCAUCUCACUACUUGAGGAAAAAUUGCUGCCAGCAGUGAUCUAUUCAUUUUGGGUGGAUUCAAAGAAUUACGUUGACCACACACGGAAGUGGUAUGCAGAAGCCAUUCCCUUUCCAUUAAACUUCUUCCUGCCAAAUCGUCUUCAGGGAAAGUACCUAGAGAGGCUGAGACUAACAAAAGGCAGUGGUUGGUGUGAGGAGGAUGAAGAGAAAGAGAAAGAGCUCUUUGCAGAGGCCCGUGAAUGCAUGAACUUGCUGUCUCAGAAACUAGGAACACAGAAGUUCUUCUUUGGUGAUUCGCCUGCCUCUCUGGAUGCAUAUGUGUUUAGUCACCUUGCCCUGCUACUGAAGGCAAAGCUACCAAAUGGAAAACUGCAACAACACCUGAAAUCUCUAGAUAAUCUUUGCAGCUUCUGUACCUCCAUCUUGUCCCUUUAUUUCCCAGGGAAUGAAGGUGAACCGAAUUCAAAGAAAAUGGCUUCUUCUGGAAAUUCCACUGAUUUGGAUGAUGAUCCCUUCAAAAGACGCAAACAGAUACUGUCUGUGGUUGUAGGACUGGCAGCUAUGAUUGGAUAUGCCUUCCUUAGUGGAAUUGUCUCUAUCGAGCGUGUUUCAGCAGCAAAACACCUGACUGACUCCAGUCAUCUUCAUGAUGACGAUGAUGAAGAAUAAGUCAUAGUACCUGAAUUUGUUUUUUUAUUUCUGACCUUGCUGAACUAUGGAUAUUUGACAUGUCUUUUCUCCGUAAAACCUGGUUUAUACUGGUCUGAGCAGUUUUUACAGAAAGUACCAUUGCAUCGUUGAGAGAAUUUGCCAGUUCCAGAAUUAUUUAACUUGCCUUAUUUACAUCUAGAAGAGGGUAGAUCUGAAUUACCCUGAUCGAAAGGAUCUCUCUGAAAUUCUGAACACCAUGUAAAGAUGACAGUAGUUAGUAUUAUUUUGAAUCAGGAGUGUGUGUGUGUGUGUGUGUGUGUGUGUGUGUGUGUGUGUGUGUGUGUGUGUGUGUGUGUGUGUGUGUGUGUGUGUGUACUGGAAAAUACAUGCUGGUAACUGUUAGAUUUUCCUUCUUAACCUAGUUCCCCUUUAUGUACUGUUACUUUGCAAGUGUGUGUCCUGCUCCUGUGUACUGGCACUGAAAGCAUUAUCCUCUGUGUCAACAUUCUGGUUCCAUGCUGCCUUGAACACUCUCCCGUGACAGAAUCUUCUGAUACCAAUUUGUCAAUAGUGUCCCCCAAAGUAUGUAAUGCCUGUCUGUGUGUGUGUAGGGGGGGUUACUAAAUGAUGGACAGCAUCAAAGCAACCUUUCUAAGACAUGGUUAUUGUUUGCUGCUGAUACAGGCCUCACUGUAUUAGUCUUCAGUGGUUACUGGCAGUGUUCGCUGUCACCAUGGACCUCAUGCUCUGUUGGUACUGCAUACUGUGCAGAUUUCAUUAUGUUUUAGAUGCAAUCAGUUUCUGGUACCAAUACCCAAGCUUCUUUUCAUUGUGCUGCUUGGGUUUCUGGUGAUACCAUGUACUUUACAACAAAGUCUGUUUGUUUUGUUUAGAAUUUCACUGGUGUUAAGCAAUGGAUUUUUCUCUUAAAGUGCAAAGAGCAUUAAGAAAAGAAAAUGCACAUGACAAGUACUCUGAAAUCAGUUCCGUUUUCCCUUUCUCUUCUAUCAGCCAGUUUGGUCUGGGAUCAGUCUUUUGAGACAUUGGACAAAAAAAAAACAUUCCAACAAGUAGUACAUGUAACUUGUUUUAGGGUGUAAAAUUCUUAACGUAGAAAUUUGCAUUUGAAUCUUACACCCAAUUUCUCUCUCUCUUUUUUAAAAUUAAUAUGAUUUAAAAGUGCUGCAUUUAACCAAACAUUUUGCCAUAGUGGUGGCCCAUUAAUUUGAAACAUAUCAGCAAAGGGAAUUGAAAAUCAGAAAAAUAGCUAGUCCAGGAAGCUCAUCUUCAAGAAAAUGUGUAAGUUAGUAUCAUUCCUUGCAUGGUACUUGUAUUUGUAGUUGCCCGUCUCACUUCUGAUGUCAGGUAGAAUCAAAUUGCAAGUGAGAAGUUAACAGCUUAGAAGCAAAGUUCACACUGUGAAGGAAUACGUGCUAUAGUAUUUGUCACACAAGUAGACUUUCUCAGUUUCUCAUGUUUUUAUUUAUUUAUUUAUUUAACACAGUAAACCCAACUGCCUCUUUUGGGAGCAACUUGGGAGCAAAGUAUUGCUCAUUUGCUUGAGUCAACAGUCAUUUCCAUGUAUUGAUCUGUGUUAAUUAUACAGUCUUGUGCAGCUUGUCAUCAUUUCUAUAUCUGUAAACUGAUUUUACCAAAAAGCUGAUUUUAUCUCGUUGUAUAUAUCAUGAUUAUGAAAUAAGCAGUUGAAGUGUAACAUUUCUUUAUUGUGUUAUCUCAUAGAAGUGUGCAUUUAA